CAGUCUUGUGCGCCCUGAAUUGAGCCAUCAGUACCUGGUCGUUUUCUAGCACGCUGGUACUCGGACGGGCGCGAAGCGCGACGUUCUCUUUUCGUGACACGCCCACCACGUCGCACAGCCCCCGUGAGAAGGAUCCUUAGCACUGGCGAUCUUCCUUGGAUCCACGCAUAGAUCUUGAAGACCCGGGGAUCUUUUGACGGAGUCUCUUCCGUAUCCAAUCUUCGCAGCCAUUAUGACGGACAUAAAGCAGCGUUCCAGGGUCAUUCUGACCUGUCACUCGGUCAGCAUGUAUGUCAGCUUGACCGUAUUGCCGGGUCCGUCUUCAACAUCGAGAUUGUUUCAAUGCUAUGCACCAUGAAUUUUGCAAAGUACAUAAGUUCAGAGCCCUGCCCUUCAGUAUGCAUCUCAUCCAAACGUUCAGUUCUAAACCAUGUCCUCACCUGGGAUUUCAUCUGCGGCGUUCCCUGCGGGUCUUUAUAUCGCGACUGUCGUCCUCUAUUCCUGCCUCAUCGUCCCAACCUUCUAUAUCUGGCGCCGCCAUGGCAGAGCUGGCUUCUUGGCCUACAAUUUCGUCUUUUCGUUCUGCGCCAUUCGCAUCGCUGGCGGUGCGCUUUCCAUGGUUGCAAGGCACAAUCCCAACAUUGAGACCAGCGCAACCGUCGUCAACAGUUUGGCCAUUUCCCCGCUCCUCCUUGCUGAACUUGGAGUCUUGCACGAGGCACGCAAUGCUUGUCUUUUGCGACUGAAACCAAGAGUUGAGCGGACGCUUGUGGGUGGCUUUCACAGCAUCAUUACGACGGCCAUUAUACUGGUGGUAAUCGGGAUUGUCAAUGUUGUCAAGGGGCUUUCCACCACUCAAGACUCUGGCCUGAUCAAGACUGGACUGGCGAUGUUGGUGGUGUCAUAUCUCAUUCUUCUUGCGUGGACGACCAUCUCGCUACGCGAUCCGGCUAGAUCGAGGAAUGACACUUUCAUUGAUGGAACUGUACUUUUACGUACUGCUGCAAUUGCCCUACCAUUUAUCGGCAUGAGACUCGUCUACGGCAUCAUCGCAUUUCUUCUGACUAGCCCAGCAUUUGCCAGUUCGUUGACGGCGAAGAUCCUUCUGAGUUUCAUCCCAGAGGCACUUAGUACUAGCUUGUUUGUACUUGGUGGCUACAAGACACGCAGUAUGUAUGCUACAUGCUACCAGGAAACGCUUCUAAAGCAUACUCCAUCGCCGUCUAUGUAAUGUGCUAUAUGUAGCUUUUCCUUUAUAGAAGUUACAUUACUCUUG